UUGAUUGGAAAAUGCUGGCAGGCACAUAACAACAAUUUAUCGGAAUCAAUUUUUAGGGUGAUAGACGUCGGUGGCCAGCGAUCUGAACGAAAGAAAUGGAUUCACUGUUUCGACAAUGUAAAUGCGAUAAUUUUCAUUAGUUCGCUGUCAGAGUACGAUCAGACCUUGAGAGAGGACAAUUGCACGAAUCGAAUGCAAGAAUCGCUGAAACUGUUUGAUUCGAUUUGCAACAGCCCCUGGUUCGCUGACAUCCACUUCAUCCUCUUCUUGAACAAAAAGGAUCUAUUCGCUGAGAAAAUACAGCGCAGUCCAUUGACGAUCUGUUUCCCCGAAUAUAAGGGGCAGCAGAAUCAGACGGAGUGCAUCAACUACAUUCAGUGGAAAUUUGAGCAACUGAACAGGUAAUU